AUGGUUCGUGGCCAAGUUCCGCCCGAGGACGUGACGAAGCGAUUAAAAGACAUACAGUCGACAUUCUUGUCGCCAACGGAGCCUACGGACCACAAAGAGACGGCACCUGUGGUAAACAACGUGCUGGAGAUAUACACCGGCGAGCCUGACGGAAGCAAGCAUUCGGACGAGGUAGACCGCCUGUUGCGGAAAAGCUGCGUCGAGAUGGCCAUGAACCGCGUUGACGGCGACGACGAGUUAUUCGUUGGCGGUAUUUGGGCCCUGCGCCGUCCGUCCGCCCUCAAGGAGCGCAACAUCACGCACAUCCUGUCGGUCGUGGGCAUCGACCCGGCCGGCCUAAAGAGCGAGACCGGCACGUGGGAGAACUACGGUAAGAGCUUCAAGCACCUGGUCAUCGACAUCGACGACGUCGAGGACGCCGACAUCCUCGUCCACCUUCCCAAGGCCGUACGCUUCAUCGACGAGGCGCUGCACCCGCAGAAUCACGUUGGCGGCGGCGUCUCCGGAGCGAAGACGAAGGACGAGAAGCUUUUCGAGGAGAAGGCGAAGCGGUUGAGGCACGCUGUGGAGGAGGACGAGAAGGCCGAUGCGGCUGCAGCAACGGACCCGGACCCUGAUGCCAUCACCCCCGCGCCCCAGCUCGAGGCCCUGGACCUCGGGCCCGAUGACGAGAAGAAGCCUAAACCGGACGCCCCCGGCGCCGUGUACGUCCACUGCGCCAUGGGCAAGUCCCGCUCCGUCACCGCCGUCGUCGCCUACCUCCUCUGGAAGUACCCCUCCCGCUUCGGCCGCUCCACCGCCUCUGCAGCCGCCGCACAAAAAGUGUCGAAGCCCGACGACACCGCGGCCGCCGCCGUCGCCGCCGCUGUGAAGUGGGUCCGCAACACGCGCGAGAUCGCCGAGCCGAACCCGGGCUUCAUCCAGCAGCUCGAGAUGUGGUGGGCCAUGGGGUGCCCGGACGACGUCGAGUCGCACCCAGUCUACCAGCGCUGGGAUUUCCAGCGCGAGAUCGACGAGAGCCUCGCGGCGGGGCAGGCGCCCAGCCGGCUGCGCUUCGAGGACGAGGAGAUGAGCAAGGAAGAAGCGUCGUCGUCGUCGUCAUCGCAGACCAAGGGCGGGGUCGAGAUCCGGUGCAAAAAGUGCCGUAAGACGCUGGCGACGCCACGGUUCGUGCUCGAGCACGAGCAGGAUGCGCAGGGCAGGGCGAGGGGCCAGGCGUGCGGACACGUCUUCGUGGAGCCGCUGGGCUGGAUGAGGGAGGAGCUGGAGAAGGGCGCGCUCGAGGGCCGGCUGUGCUGCCCGAACAGCAAGUGCGGCGCCGCGGUCGGGAGAUACAGCUGGCGUGGGUUCCGGUGCAGCUGCGGCGGGUGGGUGACGCCCGGGUUCAGCCUGCAGAAGGGGCGGACCGACGAGGUGGCCGUGAGGGCGCCGGGGGCGGCUGCAUCCGCGGCGGGGAGGGCGCCGUUGGGGAUCCGGAUGCCGCCCGGGGCGGGGAGACUGUGA